CUUGACGUGUGUGUGGUGGUUAACGAGAAAAAAAAAACUCUUCAGUUGCGUCCCCAAGAAAAUGACCUGGAACUUCGCCUCCAUCAACGAGAACCUCCACGCCGCCAAGCACUACGGAUAUGACGUCGACACCAACGUCGCAAAGAACUACCGCCACUUUAAGGACCUCCGGGACGCCACGGUCGAGCGGUUGAACGGUAUCUAUGAGCGCAACUGGGGCAAAGAGGGCAUUGAUCUCGUUCACGGCCGUGCCACCUUCGUUGAUGGCCGGGUUAUCGAUGUGACCCUUGAGGAUGGAAGCAAGGCGCGGUACACGGCGCCUCACAUCCUCAUUGCUGUUGGCGGACGGCCCGCCGUUCCCGAUGUCAAGGGUGCGGAGCACGGUAUCACCAGUGAUGGGUUCUUUGAGAUCGAGGAACUGCCUCCCAAGAUUGCUGUCGUUGGUGCGGGUUACAUCGCAGUUGAGUUGGCUGGUGUCAUGGGUGCAGUGGGUGUUGAGACGCACAUGUUCAUCCGUGGCCAGGAGUUCCUGCGCAAGUUCGACCCCAUGAUUCAGAAGACCAUGACGGAGCGGUACGAGUCCACUGGUAUCCACAUUCACAAGCAGCACUCCGGCUUCAAGGAGGUGCAGCUGCUGCGUGACGGUAAGGGCAAGGACAAGUUGCUUAAGCUUAUCUCCCACGAUGGAUCGGAGAUGGAAGUCAACGAGCUCCUCUGGGCCGUGGGCCGUCUGCCUGAGAUUGAAGACCUGAAUCUUCCCACCACUGGCAUUCAAGCGACCGAAUCUGGCCAUAUCGUUGUAGAUGACUACCAGAACACCAGCGCGAAGGGCGUCUAUGCCCUUGGUGAUGUUACUGGUCGUGCUGAGUUGACUCCUGUUGCCAUUGCUGCCGGACGCCUGCUCAGCAACCGCCUCUUCGGACCCAGUGAACACUCUGACGACAAGCUCUCCUAUGAGAACAUCCCCUCCGUCGUCUUCUCCCACCCAGAAGUCGGCACCAUCGGUCUCACGGAACCUGAAGCUCGCGAGCGCUACGGCGACGAAAACAUCAAAAUCUACCACACCCGGUUCACGGCCAUGUACUACAGCGUGUUCCCGGCCGAGGAGAAGGCUAAGAACCCAACGGAGUUCAAGCUGGUGUGCGCCGGACCGGAAGAGAAGGUCGUUGGCCUGCACAUUUUGGGUCUCGGCGUUGGCGAGAUGCUGCAGGGCUUCGGUGUGGCGAUGAAGAUGGGUGCCACCAAGGCCGAUUUCGAUAGCUGUGUUGCUAUUCAUCCGACCAGCGCGGAGGAGUUGGUCACGCUGCGAUAGAUGUAUAUAAUAUUUUAGAUGUGUAGAUCAUACAUAUGUAUUCCAUUGGUUAUACCCAUUCUCUAUGUCAGGACUGGCCUGUUCACGGUGUCUCAUGAUAAAGAGUGUCUUAAUGCAGUCGCAUUUUUGAGCUAUAAC